AUGGUCUGUGCUGCUGCCGAGGGCUAUGAUGUGUCUGUGGCCGAUGCAGCUGCAGAGGGCUGUGUUGAUGUCCAAGCUACAACCAACUCUCCUCCUCAACCGUACCUUACAGCAGUUAUGUCCUCAUCAUCAUCCAGCCCCAGAACUCAGGAGGCUGAGGAAGAGAAACUGCCAAUUCAAACUCGCCCCCCCGGGGGACCCCGGCACAGCUCCGACCACCGCCACCCACUCCGCUCUGCUCGCCCAGGCAUGGGGGCCGAGGGGGUCCGGUGCCCCCACGCUGGGGUGUCUGCCCAGCCGGCCACGCCGGGCGCGGUUUCGCGCCGCGCGCGGGCUGCAGAGGAGCCGGCGAGCCGGGCCGGGCGAUCGGGCCGAGAGGGCGGCGGCGGCAAGCCCGGCUCCUCCUCCGCGGCCCGGCCUCCUCGGCAGACACGCCGCCCCCUCAGCCCCGCCGCCCCGCCACUCGGCGCCGCCGAGCCGACCGCGGUCCGGAGCUGGGCGCAGCGGCGCGCGGGCAGGAAGUCCCGCCCCCCGCGCGCGCCACGUCAUCAGCGCCGCGCGCCGUCCCCGGCCGGAGCCGUUGGUGGAUGCAGGGACGCCGGCGACGGUUGCCAGGGCCGCGGAGGCUGCGGCGGCUGCGGCUGCGGCUGCUGCUGCGGCGGCUGCUGCUGCUCCUGCGGUGGGCAAAGUGGCAACGCCGCUCUGGGGCGUCCCUGUGAGCCCGGGGCGACGUCAGGUCGCGCCCCGGACACUCGGGUCGUGGAGCCGGUCUCACCGGUGGGGUUGAGGGACUCUCUGCCCCGGUGCCGCUCUGGUCACAUUUCCCUUUUUCUGCAGAGUCGCCACCAGGACAGUCAGAUCCUGAAGUCAACAGUAGUAACCAGUGAGAGCAUCCGUGAAAGAAUCACUGAUGAUGCUAUCUACUAUUGGUUAUUUCACAGCGCCUCCAUUUUCAUAGAGCAUCUUCCUGAGACUAAUCUUGGAAAGUACCGUGACCACAAAACGUUAUGCAGAGUUCAAAGGGAUGCUGGAUACAGAAUAAGCAAUUUGGGGAGAUUAAAAUUCAGGAGUUCAGUUCCAGCCUGGCAAACCAGACGAGGGAACUUUCCACCCUGCACCAGUGUUCGCAUUUCUGAUUGAGUUACAAGAUUUUUCUUCUUUUGACCUCAGAAGGCACUUGGAAACUUUGGGGGAAAUUUCACCACAUCUUUUAAGUUUUGCUCUGAUUAGCAGAAGAGAUACAUUAGAACUUGGAGAAGUAUCUCAGCCUCCAGUAUGAGUAACCUUGCCAUAAACCCACCCUAAGGUUUCCUGUCCAGGCUUUGGGGGUCACACUUCAUUGUCAGUGUGAUUCAUGUCCACAGUUUUACCAUCACAGCUAGCCAUAUUUUAA